CGUCCGGGUGCGAGACGGUGGUUGUCUUAAGCCCAGUUCAGACCAAAGAUUCACCUUGCAACGAGACGGUUUUAGAACGUCGCAGGGGCGGUGUGAACGGGUCGUUGCAAGCCGUUGCAAGGAGUUGCAAGGUGUCGCAAGGCGUUGCAAGGAGUCGCCAGAGAUUGAACAUGUCAAAUCGCAAGGUCCAGUUUUAGAACGCGGCGAUUUAACUAUUUCUCUUCAGCCAAUCACAGCACAGAACAACUUGUACGUCACAGCCUUACUCCGUCCCGGUACCGUACUAAUGUAUUUUGUUGAUAUUCUGCCUCUGAGCAAGAGUGUUUUUUUUUGUGUGUGUGCGUUGGUUCACGAGUGUGUUCUUUAGGUGAGUGUGGUUGCGGUUGAAUUAUUCUGCAUUGUAAAUAUUCUGUGUGCUGUUGUUAUGAAACAACCCUUGGUAUCCCAGUCCACCAGAUGAAAGAUGGGACUCCAGCAGCAGAGGCGACCCAGCCUGGCCCACUCGGCCCAUGCACUGCUCUGCUUCUGGCUCACGGACUCGUCCAGCAACCUUCCCUUCCCUCUCCCCCUUUUCCAAUAAUAGCUGGGAGCCAGCUGGCUUUUAUUGGACAUUUCAGCCAAAAAAACUAAAAAGUUAUGUAGCCACGAACAUCUCUCUCUCUCCUUCUCUCUCCCUCUCUCUCCCACUCCCUUCCUCCUUAUUUUUCAGCCUUAAUCCCUCAACUCAUCCCCAGAGUUCAAUGGCAGUGGAUCUCUGUGGAAUAGCAUGCUCUAAGCCCAUCGUGGUACAGUCAAGCAACACCGCAAACACUAAUGCUAGGUUCAGCCAUGUUCAAUUCCCUUAGAAUGUUUUUUUUUUCUUAUUCUUUGUCUGCUUUGAAAUGCCAAGAAAAAGAGUCUGGCUGUCGUGCCUCGAUGGGAUUUUAUCCCUCCACAUCAUUAUUAUCGUAACGACAUCCCAUAUCUUAAUGGCUUCCAAAAUCAAAGACAAAAGGAAAACCCAAGCAAAUAUAAAUAAAAAAGGUAUUAUAUUUGCUUGCUUUCUGCUGUUGUUCGAGGGGCAUUCUGUCCCGGAUCAGUCUGUCGCUGGCCCACCAACAAUAAAAUCUCAAUUCAAUCAAAUCUGUGUAUGUCUGUUUGUGUGUGUGUGUGUGUGUGUGUGUGUGUGUGUGUGUGUCUGUGUGUGUGUGUGUGUGUGUGUGUGUGUGUGUGUGUGUGUGUGUGUGUGUGUGUGUGUGUGUGUGUGUGUGUGUGUGUGUGUAUUGUGCGUGUGUAUCUGGGGUUAUGUGUGUGUGUGUGUGUGUGUGUGUGUGUGUGUCUGUGUGUGUGUGUCUGUGUGUGUGUGUGUGUGUGUGUGUGUGUGUGUGUGUGUGUGUGUGUGUGUGUGUGUGUGUGUGCGUGUGUAUCUGGGGUUAUGUGUGUGUGUAUGUGUUUGUGUGGGUGUGAGCGCGAGACUGUAAAUGUAAGCGUGUGUGUAUGGGUGUACCCUCUAACUGUAGGCAGCCUUUGUAAUAAAAUAAAAAUUGGAUCACACUUUGCAUAUUUACCAAAGGCCUCAGCCAAUGGGACACUUCAGACGGGAGCGUCCGAUGUCCCGUCUGCUGGCGAGCUAAUGAGCACGGGGAGUGUUAGCAGUGCUACAAAAGACUCCAAACCUCCAAUCAGGAUGGAACUGCCCCCCCCCCCCCACCGCCUCUCUCCACGAGCCAAGGAAGCAUGUUCUCCCAGCGGAGUCAGUCAUCCUCUCGUCGCCGUGUCAUUAGUUAUGGAUACGUCCAAACUCUGCCCGACGACGUGUCACCUCGCCCCCUCGCCUAGAGAGAUGAGCACACGUCUAUGGCCAAACAACAAAGCAUCGCCUCCCGCCUACCACAAACAUAUUCACACACGAGCACACAUCGCCCAUCGAUCUAGAUCCACACUCCAUCCUGCGAAGGUAACCGUCGAGAGAAAGAUUUGUCCGAUAAAUCACAACGAUAAUAACGUACGUACUCACCAUGGCAAUUUUGACAGCGCUAUGGUUACCUUUUUUUUUUUUUUUGGUCUCCACUUUUGUUGGUUUUGCACUCAGUGAGUCAUCUUUCAUAAGGGUUAGAUUGGACUGGAGUCCCAGUGCCUGCCUGUUUGGAUCCAUUGUUUGGCCACAAAGUGGGACCCAUUAAUUCAAACACAGCCGCGCCCCAGUGCACAAGUCAUGUUGCGUGAGCUCCAAAACUUUCUCUUCUUUCUUCUCUUCCUCUUUUUAAUCAUUCAUACGAUUACCCUCGUUUUCCUGGCCGCAGCCAGAGUCAACACUAUAUAAUCGAUCGACCCGCAUACAGGGACACCGUAAUCCUGGUGGUCACCGCCAUCACCAUUAGCGGGCCAAGCAGCCUAAUCUCAGACAGCAUCGUUAACGUCCUUCAUCACCAUUUAGUUUGUCACCAUCACCGCCGCUCAGAAUAUUAUAGUGUUCUCCUUGCUAAUAGAAAUCUCGAGGCAUUAUAAGAUUAGACGCAUCAACCUUCAUAAUCCUCCAUGUUGCCUUGGAAACUCAGGA